CCCACAAUGCCCUUGUCGGGGCCGGAGAUGGAUGCUGCCUGCUGCACCUCGUGAGCUUCUGUUGAGCUGACGCUUGUUGUUGCCGCCGCAGCUCGUGCUGCCAUUUCCAGACCGUCACCUUGCACUAGCGGUUCGCGAUCACCAGCGCGUGCUCGACCGUGCGGCGAACACAGAUCCCCGCCGCUUUGGGUCCCUUCAACAACCACGACCAUAAAAAGGACGGACACUGUCAUCCAGCGAUACCCACCGUAGACCGUCUCUGUCUCCCGGAGUAGCCGGGGAGAGGGGGUCCAGUGCCAGCCGCAGCAUGAGCAUGGACCCCCUGGCCAAGCCCUGCCCGUCCCAGGCGGAGCACACCCCCGGGACCUUCAGCGGCCGGCUGACAGCGCUGGAAGCGGCUGGGGAGGACAGCGAGUCUGGCUGCGGCGAAGAGGCCAUGGGGGGCAGCGAUACGUUCAGUAGCCUCGUCGAGAUGGAGGUGGAGACGCUGGAGCAGAAAUUAAAGGGUCUGGCUUUUAGGAAACAGACUUCGUAUAGGAAAGCCAUCUCGCGGUCGGGUCUCCAGCACUUGGCCCCGGUGCACAAACCCAUGCCCCCCAUCACUAACGGACCUUCCAAGGAGAUACGCACGUCCGUCGACUGGACAGAGACUGCUGUGAACGGGGACCACCUGUGGCUGGAGACCAGUUGUUCUGGAGAGCUGUGCUAUCUGGGAGAAGACACCUGUGUACUGAAGACUGCAAAGUCUGCCCCCAGGAGGAAGUGUGCAGCGUGUAAGAUCGUAGUCCACACAUCCUGCAUCGAGCAGCUCGACAAGAUUAACUUCCGCUGUAAGCCAACGUUUAGAGAAGGAGGCUCUCGCUGCCUCAGAGAUAAUAUGUUGAGGCAUCACUGGGUGCACCGGCGCCGCCAAGAGGGGAAAUGCAGACAGUGUGGGAAGAGCUUCCAGCAGAAGUUCUUCCAUAGUAAAGAGAUUGUUGCCAUCAGCUGCUCCUGGUGCAAACAAGCUUUCCAUAACAAGGUGACAUGUUUCCAGCUACAUCAGAUUGAGGAGCCCUGUUCUCUUGGGGCCCACGCCGGGGUCAUUGUCCCCCCCUCCUGGAUCAUCAAAGUCAGGAAGCCACAGAACUCGUUCAAAAACUCUACAAGGAGGAAAAAACGCACAUCGUUUAAAAGAAGGACCAGUAAGAAAGGAACUGACGAAUCAAAGUGGCGUCCGUUCAUGCUGAAGCCCCUUGCUUCCCCUCUGAUGAAACCUGUUCUAGUCUUUGUCAACCCCAAGAGCGGAGGCAACCAGGGUACUAAAGUGUUACAGAUGUUUAUGUGGAUCCUGAACCCUCGCCAGGUGUUUGAUCUCUCCCAGGGAGGACUCAGAGAGGCGUUGGAGUUGUACAGGAAAGUGCCAAACCUGCGUAUCCUGGCCUGUGGAGGAGACGGGACGGUGGGGUGGAUCCUGUCUGCUCUGGAUGAGUUAGGAAUGACCCCACAUCCGCCUGUAGCUGUACUUCCUCUGGGGACAGGAAAUGACCUCGCCAGGACCCUCAACUGGGGAGGGGGUUAUACAGACGAGCCGGUGUCCAAGGUACUGUGUCAGGUGGAGGACGGCUCUGUAGUGCAGCUAGACAGAUGGAACCUUCAGGUGGAGAGAAGCCCCGCCCAGCCGGAGGAGGGCACACAGAAGCUCCCACUGAAUGUGUUCAACAACUACUUCAGCCUGGGCUUCGAUGCCCACGUUACACUGGAGUUCCACGAAUCCAGAGAAGCCAACCCUGAGAAAUUCAACAGCCGCUUCCGCAACAAGAUGUUCUAUGCAGGGGCUGCAUUCUCUGACUUCCUCCAGAGGAGCUCCAGGGAUUUGUCUAAACACGUCAGAGUGGUGUGUGACGGGACAGAUCUCACUCCUAAGAUCCAGGAACAGAAGUUCCAGUGCAUCGUCUUCUUAAACAUUCCCAGGUACUGUGCAGGCACCAUGCCGUGGGGGAACACAGGAGACCACCGGGACUUUGAGCCUCAGCGCCAUGACGACGGCUGUAUCGAAGUCAUCGGCUUCACCAUGUCCUCCCUUGCGGCACUGCAGGUAGGAGGUCAUGGUGAGAGGCUGCACCAGUGUAGAGAGGUGACUCUGACCACCUUUAAGACCAUCGCUGUACAGGUGGAUGGAGAGCCGUGUCGCUUGGCCCCCUCAACCCUCCUGAUCUCCCUACGCAACCAGGCCAACAUGGUACAGAAGAACAAGAGACGCACCUCAGUACCCCUGCUCAAUGAUAUUCAGAAAGUGUGUGCAGCAGACCUGCGCCGCCUUUCUGCUCCCCCUGACUCCUUCUCUGUCCCCCAUGCUGUCCCCGAGCGCCUGCGCCUCAGAGUCAACCGUAUCAGUCUGCAGGACUACGACAGACUACAGUUCGACAAGGAACGACUCCGAGACAUCUCGAUCGCUGUGGGGAUUGUGGUGGUGAGAGGGGACUGUGACCUGGAGACCUGUAGACUCUACAUAGACAGGCUACAGGAGGAUCUUCAUCAGGCUCCAUCUGCUGGCCACCAAGUGCAUUACCAGGAUGAGUGUCGAGGUCUACCGCGACCAGGCUCCGCCCACAGACUGUCCCCUAACUGGAGCUUCCUGGACUCUACGUCUGCGGACCGUUUCUACCGUAUAGACAAGGCCCAGGAGCACCUGCACUAUGUGACAGAAAUCUGCCAGGAAGAGGUGUUUAUCCUGGACCACGAUGGACUAGCGGGGGGACAUGCCACAGGAAUGCCUGACCUGGUGGUGGAGCCCAACUCUGGGAGCCCUCUGACAUCUGAGGAACAAGAACUGUUGACGGCUGCCUGCUCUGGGGACCUGACUACGUUGUCGGGCAGCUUCUUUCGUGGGACCAGCCUUCUGGUGAGGGAUUCUAGGGGUUGUAGUGCACUACACCUGGCCUCCCAGCACGGACACACUGAAGUGGUCUGCUUCAUACUGGAGCACGGGUCAAAGGUGCUCCUGGAUUUAACUGACAGAGAAACAGGAGACACUGCCUUGCACAAAGCAGCCUCUCAGAAGCAUCACGCUGUGUGUCGUCUUCUCAUGGACUCCGGAGCUUCCCUCAUCAAGACCAAUUUGAAGGGUAAGACGCCAGUGGAGCAAGCUCGUAACGCGGGGGACCAAGAGCUGGCCUCCUACCUGACCAGCAAACAGCACCCUACCACUGUCUCUCACGAAGAUCUGGAGACUGCUGUAUGAGAGAGAGAGAGAGAGAGAGAGAGAGAGAGAGAGAGAGAGAGAGAGAGAGAGA